CAUGUGUAUAACAAUCAAGAGUUGAAUAAGGAUGAUUUGAAGCAGAGUAGUUCUGCUAAGGAGUUUUACUAUGCUUUCAAGAUCAUUUUCUCGCUGUCGCAUGGUUUUGAUCUAAGGAGUUUGUUUGAGACAAGGAAGAGAUCACCUUCAGUGUUUAUAUCAAAGCUUUCAACUCAAGUAGUGGUGGGAAAGAUAGAGGCUAUGUCGAAGAAAUUGAAUUUCAGAGUGGCUAGGAAGAAGGGGUUUGUUGUGAGGAUGGAAGCGGAGAGGGAAGGGAGGAAAGGGAGACUGGCCAUGACGGUGGACGUGUUUGAGGUGGCACCAGAGGUGGCGGUGGUGGAGUUCUCGAAGUCUUCUGGGGAUACCUUGGAGUAUGUCAAAUUCUGUGAGGAAGAAGUUAGGCCUUCAUUGAAUGACAUUGUUUGGAGUUGGCAGGGUGAUCGUAACAACUAAUAGUACUAGUCAUGCCUUUGGGAUUAUUUUGCCUAUGUUGUUCUUCCUUUUACAGUUUGUUGCAGCUAUAAUAAUAUAGUUUGAUUUGCAUAAUAAGUAAAAGAAAAGGAAGAUUCUAGGAAAAAAAAUAAUGCUGUAUUUUGAUUUAAGUUAUAGUAUUUCAUUUUAUUUGUGUAAAAAAUUUGAGUUUAGUUUCCGAUGAUGUUUGAAGUUAAUACUGAAAAGUCAUACCCAACAUAUAGCUUUGUUCUUCAUUUAGUGUU